AUGCCUCGUCAUGAUGAUCGUUAUGCAAACACUCGUCUGUAUGUUGGUCGUUUAUCAUCAAGAACUCGUACCAGAGACCUUGAACGUCUUUUCGGCAGAUACGGAAGAAUACGAGAUGUGGAUAUGAAGCGCGAUUAUGCCUUUGUUGAAUUUAGCGAUCCUCGUGAUGCUGAUGAUGCUAGACAUUACUUAGAUGGACGAGAUUUCGAUGGAAGUCGUAUCAGUGUGGAGGCUUCAAGAGGGGCGCCUCGUGGUUCUCGGGAUAAUGGUAGUAGAGGUCCACCCCCUGGUUCUGGUCGCUGUUUUAAUUGCGGUGUUGAUGGUCAUUGGGCUCGAGACUGCACAGCAGGAGACUGGAAAAACAAAUGUUACCGAUGUGGAGAAAGAGGACACAUUGAGAGAAAUUGCAAAAACAGUCCUAGUCCAAAGAAGGCCAGAGGUGGAAACUACUCUAGGUCACCAGUUAAGUCGCGCUCCCCUCGCCGCAGAAGAAGCCCAAGCCAUAGCCGUAGUUACAGUCGAGGUCGUAGCUACAGUCGAUCACGCUCGCCAGUGAGAAGAGAGAGAAGCGUGGAGGAUAGAUCCCGCAGUCCUAAGGCAAUGGGGAGAUCCGUAUCUCCCAAAGGCAAAGACCAAAGCAUGAGUCCAGACCGAAGAGUCAUAGAUGCAAGCCCAAAGCAUGAGAAGCAAGAGGGAUCAGACUAUGAAGGUAGCCCAAAAGAGAAUGGUAAUGGCAGGAACUCUGCGAGUCCCAUUGUGGGAGGUGAAGAAAGUCCCAUUGGGCUUAAUGGUCAAGACAGGAGUCCCAUUGAUGAUGAGUCCGAGCUUAACCGUUCUUCUCCUAAAGGCAGUGAGUCACCUUGA